AUGGUCUCUGUCUGCAUGAACGAACACUGCUCUGGUCGAGUGCCUGGGGCUAACAAAUGUUCGAUGAUAUCAAUGAUGUUGCAACAUGAUAAUGACGAUAGUGAUGACGACGAGGAAGAACUGGACCAGGAGGCCCUGUCCAGACUUUGUGCAGUAUCGGGUGAAAUAAUUUUGAGAGAAGAGGCACGGGCGUUGUCAGAGCUUACCAUCAGAACAGUUCUGGCUGAGGAGCGAAUAACGUCGGAGUUAGAAGUAAAUACAAAAUUAUCAAUAUCAUUAUGUUAUGAAGCGGCCGUGGUUACUCCAUUAAGGUCCUCUAAGAAGCCGAACAUCUUCAGGCGACUUCUAGCUUGCUGUUUUGGGUGCUGCAGGAGGAGAAAUUAA